UGUGCAAAACAAGUGCUGUAAUUCUGGUUGCCAUAUCCAGGCCUAGAGACUUACUUUUGAUUGGGACCUUGUAGAACUACAUCUGUAAGGGCAUCUGCAAUAGCAGCGCUACCGCGUCUGAAACAGGCUGCACUGGCGUAAGCAAGGAAUGAGAGAACCGUGUGAUUUGAGUGUCUCCAUAAACCAUGAGACUGCCUUCAACAUUACAUAUUCUUCUGCCCAAAUGCUCUCUGGGAGAUGGAGUGAUUCUACAUGACAACCCUAUGGCCUAUUAUUAGCGUCGGAGCACAGGAUACCGCCCUCUCAGCUGAGUCUGGUCUACCAGGAAAAAUAUUCAUUACGUAACAAUAAAGGAUCUGUUUCCCAGACGUCUUCCUGAAUACCACAGAUGUAACUAGGCCCCAAACCGGGACAGAGCGGAAGUCUCAUCCAUUUGUUGGCUGGAGCAGUGUAAAGCAGUGUCGGUUGUUUUCUGAUGAUCUCCUGCCUCUACACGUCCAACACCACCCCUCCUUCCCAGCUCCUCUUUGUGGGUCAGUGAUGCAGCAGGAGUGACGCAGCAGUGACAGCAGCCUCCACAAGGCAAGCAAACACUGGAGGAGUGAGGAAACCCAGCCAGGACCAAUAACAGGCAGAAGUGGAGAAGGAAGGUAGCGAGGCCUAAUCUGGGCCGGAGGGAGAACGGGAGCCGGGGUGUUUACUCCGCUUUCCUGCUGCUGAACAAACACCAGAGAGACAUCCACAGCGGCAGAGACAGGCCCGGCAAGACCUUCCGCACAGAGACAUUUUGAUGACUGUGGUGUCCCCAUGCACUCAGAACCUGAUGGAUAGUUCUCACCCUCAAGCCGUGCUGAUCAGGCUUAAUGAACAGCGCUCACAAGGCCUCUUCUGCGAUGUCACCAUUGUCGUAGAGGACGUUAAGUUCCGGGCCCACAAGAACAUCCUGGCGGCCUGCAGUGGGUACUUCAGGAAUGCUCUGACACCUCCUGAGACAUGGAACUCUGACCAGGUCUUAGAGCUGAUGGACCUAAAGUCUGAGGUCUUCGACAGUAUCCUCAACCUCAUUUACUGCUCAAAGGUGACUUCGCCUAAUGCAGAGGACACAAGGGAGCUAGUGGCAGCUGGGAAAAGACUCGGAAUUCCUUUUUUAGAAAAGCUUAGAGAACCAGGGAGACAGGACAAAGGUGUUAAAUCUGUAAACUCUGACGCAGCCCUAGUAUCUGAAAAGACGAAGAUAGAGGUUCCCAGGCAUGAGGACACGGACGGCGCUAGAGGGCCACGCAUCACCAAUGCCUUCUCUAUCACUGAAGUGUGCCCUGGGAACAAUCCUUUCACGCCCUUAGUUCAAACUAAUCCGGAGAGGCAGUCGCCAGAUGUGGGGCAGCUCCCAUCAAGCUGCCCGGCCUUGUCUGGCCCCAGUGGAAACAAUGAGACCACCCACGCCCUCUCAGAACACUCAUACGCAGUAAGCAAAUCUAACGAUGGAAAGGACGCCAGUCAGUGGGACAAGAAGGUCUGUAAGCCAGCAAUAUUACAGCCAAAGCAACUCAUUUACAGGAACUCAGGCCCUUUAAAAAAACGCCACAGGCUGCGAGGCAUUAUGAAUAAAGCUAUACUUCCAGCACCAGGUGAACCACAGACAGAUAAAUCUACCAUAGUGACCCCCACAUUCGCCGAUGGUGGCAGCGAGGCACCUGGUGCAGUCAUGACGCCUCCUCCACUGUUUUUAGAGGCAGAGAAAAGUGUAGACCCAGAGCCACCCAUGUCCACUGACAACAUUCAAAUGGAACUGGGCCCGCCGACACUCUCUCCUCACCCAGAGGACAGCAUUUCAAUUUACGGGUGCGAGCACUGUCCAGAGAUCUUCACGAACCAAGCUCUCCUCACCAUCCACUCAGAGGUGCACAAAAAGCGCUUUGUCAGUCAUUUGUUCUGCAAGUUCUGCCACAGGAAGUUCAUCCAUCUCAAACGGCUGCGGAACCACGAGCAAAUGUGUCCCAAAGCUGCGAGAGGCCCGUCCAAACUAGACGAUGCCGUCGCGCCAACCGAAGAGGCAGACCUCCAUUCAGAUCCAAUGUCAAGCGCGGAGACCGCGGAGACUCAGCGGUCCUCGGCCGCUCCCUCCACCCCCUACACCCCGACCCGCCUUCACGUGGGCCACCAACAGCCCCUACAGGACGGGAAGGCCUCGAGACCAGGUGGCAAUCAAAGAAGAUACAAUUGCAGUGUGUGCAAACGCGUGUAUGUCACCCUAUCCAGUCUGAAGAGGCAUGAGAAUGUGCACUCUUGGCAGAGGGCCUACCCAUGUCAUUACUGUAAUAAAGUCUUUGCCUUGGCAGAGUACCGCACUAAACAUGAAAUCUGGCACACAGGUGAGCGCCGCUAUCAGUGCAUUUUCUGCCUGGAGACAUUCAUGACAUACUAUAUCUUGAAGAACCAUCAGAAGUCCUUUCACGGCAUUGAUCCCAAUCUAGCUGUGAAGAAGAAGUCUGCCAACGGUGGGCUGAAGGCCAGUGUUUACCCGAUCAAGCUAUACAGGCUUCUGCCUAUGAAGUUUAGAAAGAGACAAUACAAGACUUACAGUCAGACGUAUGCAGAGAGUGAAAGGGGAGACCAGGGCCCCUUAGACAGCCACUCAGUCAUGCCUCCGCUGGAAGACGGCGGUCUGAACAGUAACCCUGAUACCGUUUCAUUCCCUCUAACUUUCAUGGCAACGACGAAGGUGGUGGCGCCCGUCAUGCCUCGCAUCAGCUUCAACAAGCCCAGCGAUCAAGACCUCAACCAAAGCCCGGACAGCGAGUUAGAGAUUCCCAGAGGCGCCAGAAACGAGGCUGAGCCGCUCACCACAUACAACAACCCCUUCUCUCUGCAACCCAACACAGAGUCCACCGCCUGGGGCUACAAAGAUGACCCCCCACUGAUAAUUAACUCAGGGCACCUCAGUCAUAACGUGCCGUUUUUAAACUCAUUAAAGACUUUUAAAAAGUUGGGCGAGCUGUCGAGCUCUGCAAAAAGAGUUGAGGAGAUGACAAAGGAGAUACUUCAAGCUUCUUCGAGCACAGAUAAUAUGGUGCGUGAAAGAACACUAGGGGCAAAGACAGAAACGUAUAUUGCCAAACCAGCCUUCCCGGGUUCCUCUGUGGACGGUGACGCCAUGCCCCUCUGUCAGAUAACAGUCAAAAUAGGCAAUGAAGCCAUUAUACGCCGGCGAAUUAAGGGAUCUAAACUCUUCCCCAGGAAGAAGAGGAGAAUCAGAGAGCGGCGAGAGGAGGAGGGUCAGUGCUCUCCAUCAAGAGAAACCUCAGAGAGCCCCAGGCUCCGCCUCAGACCAGAAGUCGGUGCCGCAGAGGCAGAAACCUACGACGACGCCAAUGACGGGGACGCGGCUGAUAAGCUUUGGCGUCCCUACUAUUCGUACAAGGCAAAAAAGAAGAGAAAGAAGCUCCGAUUCAAGCGCCAAAAAUCUUUGCUCGGCCGUUAUCCUGAAACCGCCGCGGACAGAGGCGCUGCCAGCGAGGCCCACCUUGACAGAAGUGGCUGGCUGACGGACAAGAGCGUCUCCGGUGGCGGCGCGGAGGUGAAAUGUAACCUCGGCAGGAACUGCAGCCCGAGGACGACCUACAACUGUGACAUCUGUGACAGCUCCUUCAUUACAGAGACCGGUCUGAGAGCUCACGUUAUCGGCUCCCACCCGUGCUUCUGCAGGACCUGUGGCAAACAGGGUCCCCCGGGCGAGGCGCCCGCCGGUGGCGAUUACAUCUGCAACAGCUGCAUGGAAAACGGGUCCUGCUUUGACAACACGGCCCGCAGCCCCAGCGUGGAGAAAAAGUACCGCUGCGCCUUCUGUCCCCAGCGCUUCCUCUACCUUGCCACGAAGCGAAGCCACGAGAAAAAGCACCAGGAGACAAAAGAAGAGGCUUUUAGUUAUGACAACUUCACACCAUGCUCUAAAUACCAGGAUGAAGACAAUCAACAAGACGCAGUUAAAAAAGAAGACAGCGACAGUCAAGGGGGCGCAGACAUAAAAAGUGAAAAGAAAGAAGCAGGACUUUUUUCCAUUGAUGAAAUUAAACCUAAGGUUGAGCAUAUAACUGACUACAUGUCUUUAGCGACGUACCAGGACUUGUCAUAUUCUAACAUUAAAAGCCCUUUGUCUCCCUGCAAUGAGCCCCUGUUUUCAAUGACGCCCUCGAAGAUGAAAUAUAAAAAGGCCAAAAAAAAAAUCAGUGCACAUCAUUCUAUGCAUCUCAUCCCAAAAAAGCAAGCCGUGGACAAAGACUGUGUUAACAACAAGGACGCCUUGACGGAGCCGAGAGCAAACAGUCACAGUGAUCGCGAUAAGUCCUGUAAACUGUUGCUGAGAAUCGAUUCAGAGACAAAAGGCAGCCACAUAGCUCUACACAAACCCGAGAAAUGGGCCUGCAAAGAGGAGCCUUUCUUUUAAAGGCGUCUACAGGCCUCAACACCAACAGGAGCGAGAGAGAGCGAAUGAUGUGACUUCAGGCCAUCGCUUUGGUUAGAAAGGUGUAACGUCAUCUUUGCAACUAAGUUCAUUAAAAUGUUCCGAGGGUUCAACAUUAAAUAUUGCUGUGAAAGGACAGCACGAUGGAACUUUAGCAAAAAUUAGCAAUUUCUUCCAUCCGAAACUCAAUGAGCGACUUUUCACAUUUGUAGAAGAUAUUUUUUGGAUAAUAUAGCACCUUUUGACACAUACUGUACUUUAUCCAUUGUCUAUGCAUAUAAGGCAGACUCACUGACAUGAAUGGAACCUCAAGAAAGAAACAAAUGUUGGUAAUGAUUCCUGCGCAGUUACAGGAGUGGGAUGUGUUGAAAAAUGGAAAAUCUGCCCAAUGUGGUUCCAUCUCUUUUUUAGACAUUUCCAAAUAAAAUUAGAAUUUUACCACGUCAUAUUUCUGAAUCCAGUAAGUUGCACUUUAUAGUUAGACGAUGAUAAUAUGUUCUCUAAGUACUUUCAUAAUUAAAUUUCAAUUCUAAGCACCAUUGAUAAAAGGCUUAUUUCUAAUUAACAAAACACAAGUCAUUGAUAUUAAAGUUACUACUUUUGUGUGUUUAAUAUGUAUAAAACCAUGUAAAACUCAAAUAAAUGUUGUUGAUAAUCUAA